AUGGCGGCUCAAGAGUCCGGAUUCACUCGGCUAUCUGACGACCACAUGGCAGGAGUAAUUCGACAUUCAGACGAAUGGGGAUUCAUUGAAUACUUGCUCCAAAUGGAGGCUAGGACUUCACGCAUUAAGCUCCUUCAGGCGUGGCAUUUGCCGUCCUCACUGCUUGUGACCCAAUUUGAGAAGCGCACAGCACGAAGGCUCGUGGUGUACUCCUUUGUCGACUCCUCCAUGCUUGACGAAGACAAUUCCAUCCAAGACGUUGCCAGACGCGGCUUCAAAAUUGGCCCGCGUGGUAUGAAAUUCGUUCUCGGAAACUUCAGCUUGCAGGGGAUUCCUUUGCUGCGAGGAGGGCUAGAGGGAGCCCCAGAUCCUUUUGCACUUCCAUCUUCCGAGCAACUCUCCAGCGCGGCAGAAAGAAGGAAAAAUGAACGAUUAGAGUUCAUGGAAGCUGCAAGAACGCAGCUGCUCAGCGGAGAACGGCGAGUCUAUGAAUUCUUUCUAUGUAAAGUUGGUGUGGGACAUUCAGUGGUAAUGUCUGAUGAAAGGGAAGCUUCGGGAGAGCGGACCACGCUUCCACCAGAAUAUGACAGUGCAUAUUUGCAAAAGGGAGAUGCAGCGCCUACCGAGACGCUUACUGUCUUUUUCGAGAGUCCUGAACAGUACUUGGCUGAAGGCGUAUCCAGCAUUCGGAAGCCAGAAGCUGUUCGGCAGAACAGCAGGGGGUUGUCUAUGGCUACAGCGGGCGUGCUUCCUCAGUAUACAUUUCGUCAGGAGUACGUUGUUUACGACUCCUCGCAAGUUGUGCCGAAUUACCUGGUCAUUUUUGAAGUGGACCCAACGGAGCCUGAGCUGUUUGCCGUGCCCCUCUGUGACAAUUGCCAAGACUUUCCGGCUGCAAUAUGGUGCCCUGCGGACACAGCCAAGCUGUGUGAGGGCUGCGACGAGCGGCUACACACCACCAACCAGCUCGUUUCACGGCACAUCAGAGUUCCUUUAAAUGAGAUGCCCAAGCUAAGCGGACGUUGCAAACAGCAUAUGAACGAAACCUGCGAGGCUUUUUGCACAAUGUGUCAUGCCCCUGUUUGCCGUUUGUGUCGUCCAAAUCAUUUGCACAUCCAGGACGCUGGUCGGAGCUCAAGCAAAAAGAAGAGAGCCACAGGCACCUUAGUGCCCCUCUCUCGCGCGUAUUCUGGCACUCUGGAAAGGCGGAGAAGGCCACAUUUUUUUUUGGAAAUGCGCAGGAAGGAGCUGAAUGCAAGGCUGGACGCAGUUCAGAAGCUGAUUGACGGUGGGAGGCGGAACUGCCGUUCUAUUGAGCAGCGAUGCUACGCUAUUCUGGAGGAGGCGAUGAAUCAAUUGCGAUCAUGUACGGAGGACAAAAUGGGUGUAGUCUUGUGUCAGCAAUUCGAGCUCCAGAGGCAGAUGGACAUGAUAGAAUGGGGGGAGAGCUUCUUGCGGCUCCAGCGCUCGAUUUUGCCGCCUGCUGACUACUUGGCUGCCUGGCUUCGACACUGCCGCUUACGAGAUGAAAUGGAAUCCUUGGCUGGAGAUGUGUCAGACCUUUCACAGAUGGCUGUGCCGAAUAUGCGUUUGGAUGGCACCGUUGAAUUUCUCACGGACACAAUGCUAAGGCACAGGGAAAGGCAUCGAUUGCAAGGCAAGAAGGACUGA